GUAAAAAACCUCCAUGCUAACUAGUGAUGUCUGGUGGUACUACCACGUACCCAGGCAUGGUCAACAGGAUGCAGGAUAGCACUGCUCUGGCUCACAGCUCUGUGAAGAUCAAGGCCAUUGCCUCUCUGAGCACAGAUUGGCAGCCACAUCCUGACCUCACUGUUUACCAUUCAGCCGAUGUGGAUGGACAAGCAGAACAGUGAGCCACUUCAUCAGCCUCCAACAAGGCUUCUGGCUGUGAGGGCCACCACAUAGAGUGUGGCCUGAGCUCAGUUCUGAGGACUCUACAACCUCUCCCUGCUGUCUGGCCACUUACUUCUGAGACGGUCCCACCAUUCUCUGGAAGAAUGAAUGCCCUCGAUGGUGUCCCCUUCAAGGUAUCCAAGGGCUUUGUGAUGGACACAGAGCCCCACCCCGUGCCUGAGCUCAGUGUCCUGGACUGUAGAGAGCUCCUGCUGGGCACAAUGUAUGACUUCAGCUUGGAAAAGAAGGCUCUCUUCUGGGUAGAAGCAGCCAUCCGAGGAUCUUGCUCCCAUCAGUGCAAUGACCUGGGGAUUGCAUCAGCCCCUCCAGCCUGGUUCUUACUAGCCAGUCCAAAAUACAGUCAGGUGCCUGCACCUGCUCAAAUCAGAGACCCAGAGGCUAGACUGCAAGAACCUCCUGAAGAGGAGGAGGAAGAGGAGGAGGAAGAAGAAGAAACAGAAGAGAAGGGGGACGAGGAAGACACCUCCUCUGCCUGUGAGGAGGGCAUGGACUCCAGCAGCCCUCAGCCCGGCUCCCCUACAAGCCAUCGUCGCUGCUCCCUGGAUGUGCUGCGAAACAUGAGGUCUGAGCUGGCUGACGCCAGGCGGCGGCUCUCGGAGAGUAGACUAGCCGCGUGUCCUCGAGCCCUCCUGCACCGCUUCCGCGGCCAUCGCACGCUGAGCCUGAGCGCCAGCCCGGCUCCAGACGCUGGCCCAGCACCGCAGCUCCCAAAUGUCUCGGAGCUGCCUCCACGACCCUCCACCGCCGGCGCCAUGCCUCCAUUGCGGAACCACAAGCCCACAGUUGCUUCCCUCAGCCCAUACACCUGCUUGCCACCUCUGAGGGAGACACCCCAGCCCCUCGUCUCCUGUAGACUGCAUCCUGAUUCAGCAUCGGACCUGCUGUCUGCCCUGACCAAAGAGGAGCAAGACCUCAUCGGGCCAGUGGUCGCCUUGGGCUAUCCCCUGGGAAGGGCCAUUGAGGCGCUGCAGAAGACAGGGAGGCAGAGCCUGAGCCAGUUUCUCGGCUACCUCAGUGCCUGCGACAGGCUGCUGCGGCAGGGCUACGACGAGGCGCUGGUGGACGAGGCCAUGGAGAUGUUUCAGUUCUCCGAGCAUCAGGCAGGGGAGUUCCUGCGGCUCUGGAAGCAGUUCAGUGACAUGGGCUUCCGGCAAGACCGGAUCAAGGAGGUGCUGUUGGUCCACGGCAAUCGGCGCGAACAGGCUCUGGAGGAGCUGGUGGCCUGUGCCCAGUGACAAGCUGGGACAUUGGUGCAUGGCUGACAGUGAAGGGCCAGACCUGCCACCCAUCCCAACUGAAUCAUUAAAAGAUAAUGCCAGUGGUGGUGGCACACACCUUUAGUCCCAGCACUAGGGCUUC